AUGAACCUCGAUAUCUACCCAAGGCGGGAAGAGGAGGAAAAGAAAGCAUCACGAGUGGGUACAGCGGUCUGGCAGGCGAUGCAAGCAUUUGCGACAAUAACAGAGACAACUCAGAACAGCGAGGAUGUCGCAGAUGAGAUGAAAGACAGCGGAAAUUCAGGCCACGAAAUUAUCACAGAUGAAUCCGAAGCCAGUGGAGACUCGGAUGGAGAAGAUGAUGAAGCCGACAAUUUUGAAGCAAUACAGGAUUAUGGUAGUAGUCUCGGUGUUCAACAGGUUUCGGCGAUGCUCGAUACGCCUGCACACUAG